ACUGCAAGUAUACAGAGAGCAAGGCUGUUUGUUGUGAUGCCAUCUGCAUCUUCUUUCCUGAACUGGAUGUUAAGCCUGUAUUUUAAAGCCAUCCCAAAGGGCAUCAUUUCCCACAUAAGUACAUUUUACAUACUUAGCUCCUUCCCCCCCCCAAUCUCCCUUUUGCUAAGAGUGAUUUUUGGCCUCAGGAGCCCGUGUGGAGAAGUUUGCACGGCCGACUGCGCGGUCUGCCUGAGAAUGUGCCCGCUCGAACAGGGCACAGACAUCUUUCGCCGCUUUGGGGCUGAGCGCGGCCUCGCUCGCAGCGCCCGAGUGCCCGAGCUCCAGGAGCUCCGCGCUUUCAUCGGGGCGCUCCGGGCUGCCAAAAACCCGGCGAGGGGCCGGGACAGUGCCUACCCCGGAACGCAGCACAGUGAGGUCUGCUCAAGUGAUAGCAAGCAAUGGACCAAGAUUCACACUGCACAGCAGAAAAGGAACUGUUGGAAGCCGUUAGCAGAAUUACUACAUCUUCUACCACAAGUCCAUCUGAUGAAGAGGAAAAUCAACCCAAAGCUGAAAUUUCAUGUCAAGUGAGAAAAGAAAACCCAGAAAAAGAUGACACUCAAGAUUCCAGUGCAACAGUAAGUCCCAACUCUUCGAUGACCACUAAGGAGCUUCAGGAAUACUGGAGGAAUGAAAAGCGCCAGUGCAAACAAAUCAAACUCCUUUUUGAAAUCCCAUCAACCAGAAUUGUAGAGCACCACUUAUCGAAAUAUGUGAUGUAUAAAAUCAUAAUUUUGCAAACAGGGAGUUUUGACAGCAACAAGUCUGUAAUUGAACGGCGUUAUUCAGAUUUUGAGAGACUGCACAGAAAUCUGCUGGAGGAAUUUAGCGAAGAAAUGGAAGAUGUAACCUUUCCCAAAAAAACUCUAACAGGGAACUUCACAGAAGAAGUAAUCAAUGAAAGAAAAUUAGCCUUCAAGGACUAUCUGAGACUCCUAUAUUCUAUGAAAUACAUCAGAAGAUCAAAAAAAUUUAUUGACUUUUUAACAAGGCCGGAGCUUCAGGAAGCAUACGGUUGCCUGCGGGGUGGGCAGUACACCAAAGCUUUGGAAAUCCUUUUAGAAGUCAUUGGGCUGCAGGAAAGGCUGACCAGAGGGAACCCUGCUGCAAUUGUCCCUACUCUCUGUGCCAUCGUGGUGUGCCACAAGGACCUGGAAAACCCAGCAAGUGCCUUUGAAUACGGAGAACAAGCUCUGUCCCGCCUCCGUGUGCACACCAGCCACAGGUACUACAUGCCACUGCUAGAAACAAUGAUCACCCUGGCCUAUGAACUGGGCAAGGAUUUUCUGACUCUGCAAGAAAAGCUGGAAGAAUGGAAGACAAAGAAAGAUCCCGUGCGGGUUUUUACCCUGAAAGAACUCGCAGUCCGGGAGUACGUACGGUGAGCACUGGAAACAUUUAAUGAAAAGUUUCAAGGGCAACACUUGAAAGAGUGAGAACUGGAAAUUACCUGCUUGGCUUGCAUAGCACUGUAUUAAUAGGAAAAAAAAAUCUUCUGUGUUCAAAGGGACAUUAAUAUCUAUGUUGGAAUAUAUUACAUCUACUGCACAGAUAUGAGAAGUACCUGAGGAGCACCUUAAGGGUUUUCGAAGGAAAUUUGCAAGAAAAUAAUCAUUUAUGAUUUGGUUAUUUAAACAUAGCUUAUUUUGUGUGAAAAGUCAGAAUAUGAAAAUACAAUUAAUAAAGCACUUGAAAAUCUA